GUGAUGGACUUGGACCGUCGCAUGUAAUUCAAAUUAAUGGAGCACAGACAGUUUUACUUAGGCUGCUUGAGUAGUCACAUCGUCAAAAGAGUUCUUGAAGAAGUGAACAAUUGAAGAUCGACAGAGACUGGCUUAGUAAUAAAAGGACUCCGUAAUGGGACGAGUCAAUAAAUCGCUUUUGAUAUUGGCGACUAUUUUGUAUGCCCAAUCGUUUACACAAGCCUUGGAAAAUCGGAGCUUCAAAAAAGAAUGGACAUUCCAAGGAUACAGAGUAUUUAAAUAUUCUCGGGACAUUGCUACGGAUGACAAUAGCUUUCUUUAUGCAGUCUGCACGGAAGAUAAACUACCCGCAGAAAUGAAUUGCAACGUGACGAUCGAAACGCCUAUUCUACCUUGGAGUAACACAUCACGCAUCGAGAGCUGCGAUCUGAAUCUAAUUGGCAGUGGAGACGGUGAGCUGCGGCAAGAGGUCACGGGAAUAGUAUCGGUGGAACGUCUGUCCAAGGAUCGCGUUAUCGUCGUCUGGUGGGAAAGACGGCGCAAUAGCCAAUAUCAGAUCCAAAAUAUCAAAGUCAGUCUCGUCCGUAUGGCGAAUUGCACAAAUCGCAUCUUGACGUUUCCGGUUAACGCCGCGGGUCGCGUCCUACUGAGCAACGUCCUCGUCUACCCUACGGGUUUCGACGUCGUCGUCUCGCACAAGGCGAGCUGUGUCAAUUCGUCCACCUGCCGGCUAAGCCACGAUCUCGAGGGUCAAAGGGUCGGCGAGCCCGUGGCCUUUGUCAGCAACUUUGAUGCCGUAUACACGCAAUUGAUCAGUCCAACAUCGCCGGACAAGGGAUUGUAUCUAUCGGGGGCGGACAUCGACGCGUGGACCUUCAGGGCGAUGCAUGUGUCGAGCAUUGGCGUCGAGACCAAUCUCGUGAUCGCACGCGUCCCCGAUCCCAGGAAGAUUCAACGCGCCACCUCUAACGCCCACGAGCUCUACGGCAUCUGUCUCAUGGUCGAUGGGAGAAUCCGUUGUGCGCAGUUCGACGCUCAGGCGCACACGAAGCUCGACACGUACAUCGGCGUCCCGGGUAACAUCCAGUGGCUGGCCGUGCACAAUAUCGCCAACGGCGGCCUCCUGCUACUCACCGGCCACUGCAAGAGCCACAAGUGCAGGAGCUUCAGGAUUGCGAUGAUCCGGGAGAACGGACGUCGGGCGGGAAAAUCCUUGGACGUACCGGAUCUCGAUCUCAAGUGCUCGCGACUUCCGCGCGACCUCGUGGUCGACGUCGCCGAGACGCGAACAGAGUUUUGCUUCUACUUCGCGUGUGCGUACGCGCGCAAAACGCUGGAAAAGGACGCGAAGAGUGUUGUUACGUUCAGUAGUAAGUGCGUACCGAAACUCGUCAUCCAGCACGAUUAAACUUCCCAUUCCGAUAUCUCAGCGUCGCUUUUUCAUUUCAUACGAUCCACACAUUCAUCGAUAAGAUGCGCCAUUUUCGUUCGAGCGACACUUCACGGGAUGAUUAUACGAGUAUUGUUUUUAGCCGAAAACAUAGUAACGCAUAAUAAGAUUAUUAACCAACUUGUCUUAGUUUAACAUUUUAAAGAGAGACGGAACUUUUCACCGAGCUACGUAAUUAUGCACUAUCGCGUGUCUAUUAGUAAUUAUUAAUAGGCAUCGCGUCAACUGUAUUUGUGAAAGA